AUGACAUUCGGUGGCGCGCAGCGCAUCGCAGCAGCCUACGGCGUCGCACUCAUUGCGCCCGAUACAAGUCCUCGGAUCAAGCGCGGCGCAAGCCAUUGGUGCUAUGGCCCAGGUGCGAGCUGGUACGUGGAUGCAACCGAGCCGCGCUGGGCCGACAACUACCAAAUGUACUCGUACAUCACCAAGGAGCUACCGACGCUACUGAACGCACAGCUGCCCAUUGCAAAGGACAAGUACUCGAUCAUGGGCCACUCGAUGGGCGGUCACGGCGCGCUCAUGCUGGCGCUCAAGAACCCUGAAUUGUACCACUCGGUGUCGGCGCUCGCGCCCGCCAGCAGCACGAUCCGAAGCUCGUACGGUGCCAAGGCGCUUCGAAUGUAUCUGGGCGAUGACGUGGCAGCGUGGCAGGCGUGGGAUGCGACCGAACUCAUGCUCUCCAAAGGUCCCGUCUCAAAAUACAACAUUUUGAUUGACCUUGGCGCGGAUGACGAGUUCUGGCACGACGACGUCCAGCUGCAUCCCGAGGCAUUCGAGGCGGCGUGCAACCAAGUCGGCCAACACCUCACCUUUCGCGCCCAGGACGGCUAUGAUCACUCGUGGGACUUUGCCGCCACCUUCAUGGAAGAUCACAUCCGCCACCAUGUCGAAGCGCUGCACUCGGCUUCGUCGUAG